UGCAGAGGGGUUCGGGGACAGGCCCUGGGGUGCGGUUAGCAGGCAUCAGAGUGGGGUGAUUUAACCCUGGCUCCCCGCUUGGCAGGUUUCAGUGUAAGCACUGGGUCUAGACCCAACCUCCAGGACAUCCUGCCAGUGGGAGUUAGCAACUCGACAGCAACGCCUGGAAUGGGGGAGACCGAAGACCUGGUACAGCUGCGGCAGCUCAACCUGGAGCUUCUGAGGCAGCUGUGGGCCGGUCAGGAGGCCAUGCGGCGGGCAGUGGCCCGGGCAGCCUCAGAGUCAAGCCUAGAUGCGAGCAGUGGUGGGAACUCAGAGAUGCUGUCGUCCCGGGAGACUUCCUUGACGUCCGUGGGGGCUUCCUGCCCAGAGGAAACCCCCCCAGGUGACCCCUGGGGUGUGUCCUGGCCCUGCGGGGCCAGCUCUGGGGAGAACUCUCUCCCGCCUGGCACCUGCCAGCACUGGACGUCCCUGGGCCGACCAAGGGCCUGCUCGGCACCCUCAGUGACCACCUGGGAUUCAAGUGAGUCGCCGCUUUCCACAGAGCAAAACAGGGAGGGGCCCCCGGAGGCACAGGCCCCAAGGUCUCUCCUGGAUCAGCGGAGCAACCUGCCCCAGCCCAGAGUGACCUUCUGCAAGGAAUCUCCUGUGCCUGAGAGGAACUGGCGCCUCAGACCGUACCUGGGCUACGACUGGAUUGCAGGUUCCUUGGACAGCAGCUCUCCUGUCACCAGCAAGCCCGAAGCCUUCUUCUCGGAGCUGUGGCACUUUCGGGACGCCAACCGGGAGGAGUGUGUUUGCAAUGACCAGGGGUCCCCAUUCCUGGGCUUGCGUGAGAGAGGGGAUGUCCCGGAGGAUCACGAAUGCGUGUACUGUUACCGCGUCAACCGGCGCCUGUUUCUGGUGCCUUCGGAUCCUGGCGCCCCCUGCCGCCUGUGCAGGAUGCCCCGGGGCCAGCGGGGCCCUGAGACCUUGGCGCGCCCAGCGCAGGUCAGCACUGCCUGCUGGGCUGGGACAUCUUCCCUCCAAAAUCCGAGAAAAGCUCAGCCCCGAAGAGCCUGGACCUCUGGUCCUCUAUCCCCUCCGAGGCCCAGCACCGGAAACUGUCAGCCACUGGCCCUUCCUGCUCGGCUCUACCAUUCCUGCUGGCUGCCUCACCCCAACCAGGAAGAUAGCCCCAACUCAGAUUCAGAAGGGAAUGUGGCUGGAACUAGGGGCGACCGCCCCUCUGAGACCUCCCUGUUCGCCACCCAGGCCCUGCCAACUCGAGUUCCGUCCCCCACGGCCAUCUGGUCGGAACCCGAGGUUCCCCGGCCCCGUGCACACCGGCUGAAGCCCUGAGGACUGGUCACAUGGAGGACAGUGCUGCUGUUGCCGCUACCCUCGCCCCUGUGGGGGUGGACCAGCCGGCCUAGACUGGGGUGACUCAGG